GAGAGAGAGCGAGCGAGAGAGAGAGCGAGAGCAGUGGUCUGAAGAAGCUGCACUCACUUGAAGUUUGACAUCUCCUGCAGCUGGUCGGAGUUGAGCUCCUCAGCUGCCAUGGAGCUUCGGAAGAGUUCGGGAUCGGCACUGAUUGGAUUGUAUCUGUGGGCGAUGUUCUGCUGUGAAGGUUGUCAUGGUGGUGUGUAUCAGAGGAAGCUGUACCACGACCUCAUGGUCAACUACAGUCGGCUGGAGAGACCGGUCCAGAAUGACUCGGCACCCAUCGUGGUGGAGCUCGGCUUCACACUGCUACAAAUUAUUGAUGUGGAUGAAAAGAACCAAGUGUUGAUCACAAACGCCUGGCUGCAGCUGCACUGGACAGAUACUUACCUUUCCUGGAACCCAGAGCAAUAUCCCGGCGUUCAGAACCUUCGCUUCCCUUCUGAUCUGAUAUGGGUCCCAGAUAUUCUCCUUUACAACAGUGCUGAUGAGAGGUUUGAUGCUACAUUCCAUACAAACGUGUUGGUCAAUGCCUCAGGAUCGUGCCAGUACAUCCCACCAGGCAUCUUGAAAAGUACCUGCUACAUCGAUGUGCGAUGGUUCCCGUUUGAUAUGCAGAAGUGUGACCUCAAGUUUGGCUCCUGGACUCACAAUGGUUGGCUGCUGGACCUCCAGAUGAUGGACGUGGACAUCUCUACCUACAUACCUAAUGGGGAGUGGGACCUAGUAGGUGUGCCAGCCAAGCGUAAUGAGCUGUAUUACGAGUGCUGUAAAGAACCCUACCCCGAUGUAACCUUCACAGUCACCAUGCGUCGCAGGACACUUUACUAUGGCCUCAACCUGCUCAUCCCCUGCGUCCUCAUAUCUGGUCUGGCCCUGCUCGUCUUCCUCCUCCCCGCUGACUCCGGAGAGAAGAUCUCACUCGGUAUCACUGUGCUGCUGUCUCUAACAGUAUUCAUGUUACUGGUAGCAGAGAUCAUGCCUGCCACUUCAGACUCUGUGCCCCUGAUUGCUCAGUACUUCGCCAGCACCAUGAUGAUCGUAGGCUUGUCUGUGGUGGUAACAGUGCUGGUCCUACAGUUCCAUCACCAUGACCCACAUGGAGGAAAGAUGCCUAAAUGGGUUCGAGUCAUUCUGCUCAACUGGUGUGCUUGGUUCCUCCGCAUGAAGAAGCCUGGAGAGGAAAUCAAAAGAGUCGUGCGCUCCAGUAGCACUCCUAACUACAAAUACUCCCACCCUUCACCUCACCACACCAGCACCAGCAGCAUCCAAAUGAGUGCCAUACCAGGCCAGGCAUCCACUCAGUCAACCACCACCAAUGGGAACAUGAACCUGUACUUUGGCUACCACUCAAUGGGCACAGACAACCCAGCCUUCCCAUCCUGCACUGAUUCAGGCGUGGUGAUGUGCGGCGGAGGCGGCCACCAUAACAGCUCGUCCUCGCACGACAUCCACCCAGAGCAGACGCGGACUUUGCUUCUGGAGCAGUUGCCGGAAAUUUCCCAGAUCCUGGAGGAAGUGCAGUACAUUGCGAGGCGCUUCCGGGAGCAGGACCAGGAGGAGGCGAUCUGCAGCGAGUGGAAGUUUGCGGCGGCGGUGGUGGAUAGGUUAUGCCUGGUGGCCUUCUCGCUCUUCUCCAUCAUCUGCACUUUCACCAUUCUCAUGUCGGCCCCCAAUUUCAUUGAGGCGGUUUCCAAAGACUUCACAUAAAGCGGACGCCACUUUGCUCUGAGAGGAGAACGAGAGGAGAACUGACGACUAAGACUGUGCCACACACACAACACAUGCCUCUCUGCAUCUGCAAUGUGAGGUAGCACAAGAUACAGUUAUUUUAGAUAUUGUCACAGUACUUCACAGUUAAUUCACAUAUUGGUCAAUAUAUCUGGGUGUAGUGGAGUAAUCCUUUUUUUUCCAUUUCAGGGUAGGUAACACCUGUGCUAUAUGAGGCUACAAGCAGUGGUUUAUAAUGCAGAAACUCAUGCUACUGCACUUUUCAUCUGUAUUCCUGCCGCAGCCCGUCAUUUACCUCCCACCACUUGAGCAUAUGUCUCAUUCAGUACAACACACUGUUCUCGCUUCUCUCCAGCUUGUUCUUUUUCUCUUCACAUUUUUCACUUCCUGUCCUCGUUGUAGACCAGUAUCAGGCCUGCGUUCUAGCAAUGAUAGUAUUUUAUAUGACGUAAAUACAUCUACAGCUUACUCUUUGCAAUGAGUUGGUGGAUUUAGCUACCGACAUGUUCACUUCCAGCACUGUAUAUUGCACUUUUCUUCUAAAUGGAGCAAAACGUAGUGACUAUUUUUAUUUUCUACACUCAAGGUGAUCUAUUUAAAUCAUUGUAUUCAACAGUCCCCAAUAUUGUGUCUCAUUAUUAUAAAAAAAAAACAUCAAUGUGAUCACUGUUUUUUUCACAUUUCUCACCCCUUUCUUGUUCCUUCCUCUUCUCUGCUUCCCAUCUACUUCACAUCCAGGUUCUGUUUCUAUAAAGACAUGACAAGUCAAAUUAACUGUGACAUACUAUCACACAUAUAGAGUUGUCUUUCUCAGUAUAGGGAUCUCCCAGUGGUUUUAUUUGCAUCUCCAUCCUUUGAGCUCAACACUAUACAGUGUUAGUGUGGCUACUUAAUCUUUUACACUCAUUCACAAUGCAUCUAUGCUUUGAUGAUGAUGAUGUGUGUGUUUGUGAAUAACGUGCUGCUGUUUUCUGAGAUAGAUUUCCAAAGGAAACAGAGGAUUGAAGCUGAUAUAUUUGUUCUUGUGACAGAUUUUUUUUAAGUAUUCUCAAAGGACAUAACCGCAGUGGAGAUGCCUUUGGUACUAAUCAUUUGUUGUGUCGCGUGCUUUGUGAUUUUCCUCGUUAAUUCUCGGUGAAAGGCAAACAUUUACUUCUCUAAUCUCUAGUAACAACAUGCAUCGAGGAUUACUGGGUGAUGUUAUGUAACAGAUUCGCGUCCUCGUCUCUCGUCACUGCCCAAGUCUCCUCUCUGAUCCUCUGCACUGAGACACAAGCGAAUUGCCACAAGUAAUUGAACUUACUUUUUUUGACUUAUAGCCAAUUCAAGCGAAUACUUGGGAGAAAUCAGGGAAGAUUAAAAGCAGCAAUGUUUGGUUUACUGUAAGACUGCCACAGGAACAGCCAGUUGAAUUGUGGUUACAUGGGUCGAGUAAAGACAGACCGUAAUUUCAUGCUACUUAAUGACUGCAACACUGUGACGCAUUUUCAGGACAGAGCCACUCCUGUUGAACAGACAAAAGAAAAAAGGUGAGGACUGUGUUGGCUUUGCAGCAGGUUAUGUAAGUGGUGCAGGAGCAAAAGGAAGAGGGACCAUCUAUCUCCUCUCUCACUGAUCCACAGAACCUCACACUAAAAAA